GGGAGGCAAAGCUGAUCCAGGUGUUGGGAGACACCUAUAGAACUGGAGUCACCCUGUGUGACUCUAGGGGCAGUGAGAACUCAUUGUUCCAUCCUGGCAAUGAAGGGUAUUUGAGAAUUGCUAUUCGAGAAGGGUAUUGAGAAUUGGUUCUCCUAUUCCAUUCACCCUUCUCCUUUGUCUCCACAGCAUCUCCAGGGCUGAGAACAGCCAUGAUCCCGCACCCAGGCACCUCCCCGUCUCUCGUCAUGCUGCUGCCCUUUCCCCAACCAACUCACGGCCCUGCACCCCAGCCACCCUGGGGGCAGCCCCCUCCGCCCCUCCUGAAUGUGGCAUUCCCUCCAGGCAGCCGCCUCGUACUGCCUGCUGCCAUCCCCAGUAUGCCUGUGGUGGCUGGAGAUGGUGGCUGCGGCCCCAAUGGGGCUGGGAAUGUCCACCUAUUACUCCAAUUGAGGACAGGAGGGCAGCCAGUGGAGCCUCUCCACUCUCAGACCUUGGUCUACAACCAAACCCGUAUCAGCCUGAAUGCCCCAGGUGGCCUCUGUGGGGCAGGGCAGAACCCUGCUCCCAUAGCAGUGCCUGGGUCUUCCCUACAGGCAACAGUGCCUGCACCUACCAUGGCGGGAACCCAGGCCAGUCAGGGGGGCUGGCCUCUGGGCCUCCCUCCUCCAGCUCCACCACCAGCUGCCCAGCUGGCCCCGAUGGUCUUCCCAGUAAACAACAGGCCACCAUCACAAGGGGCAGACAGGGAGCGCAUCCUGCCUACUCCCAAGGCCCAAGCCUCACCAGACGACCCCUGCAGCUCCACCAGCGUCUACGAGAACUUCCGGCGCUGGCAGCACUUCAAGGCCCUGGCCCGGAGGCUCCUGCCCCAGAGCCCUGACACAGAAGCUCUGUCCUGCUUCCUCAUCCCCGUGCUGCGGACCCUGGCCCAGCGGAGGCCCACCAUGCCGCUGGAGGAGGGCCUGCGGUUUGCCUUGCGCGAAUGGCAGCACAAGAGCAACUUCGACCGCAUGAUCUUCUACGAGAUGGCAGAAAAGUUCAUGGAGUUUGAGGAAGAGGAGGAGAUGCAGAUGCAGAAGCUGGAGUGGAUGAAGGGGAAACCUUGCCAGCCCACACUGGUCUCACCAGCACUGCUUCCUCAAGGGCCCCCAGCCCCUGUGGCUGUCCAGCAGCCAGGGUGUGCCGCCAGGAAGGCCAGCUCCAAGGCCCUGCCUGCCUGUCCAGUGCCACCCAGACACCAGGGGCCUCAGGACAAGACACCCAAGGAGAUCCCACCAGAGGCCGUGAAGGAGUACAUGGAAAUCAUGGACACGUUGCUGGGGCCAACACCCUUGUCCUUGGAGCCUCCCGAUGGCCACCCAGAAGAGGACACAGAUGAAGGUUUCCUGGAGAAUGAGGGGUCAUACCCGGACCCGGAAAUGCUGUCCUACAUUGACCAUCUAUGCUCCCAGGUGGAUUUUGUCACCAAGGCGGAGGCCAUCAUUCACCCCAGAUUCCUGGAAGAACUGCUUUCCCCAGAUCCACAGCUGGAUCUCACGGCCCUGUCCAAGGAGCUGGAGAAGGAGGAAGGGCUGACUGCUGGCCAGGUGAUGGCGAAGCACUGCUCCUUGAAAGAAGAUGGGGCCAUUGGGGCAACCCCCAGUCAUGGUGUGCGCCUACUGCACCCCAGCAAUUCUGAAUCUGGACCCCAACAAAGUGCACAGAGUGACAACCAGGGCCCUCGCCUUGGGGCCAGAGCUGAGUGCUUCUCCGGGUCGAUGUCUUCCCAAGACCUGCAGAGACAUGUUGUCCCAGACACCCCCCUGUGCAGGCCUGAGGUUAAUGCUGUCUUUAGUGGACAUCGGGAGUGUCCCUCACUGGGGGCCACCAAAGAUGCCAGGAGUUUCAGAGGAGGACCCUCUGUUGGGGGCCCGCACGCACCACUGGACAACUCCAGUGAGAACGAGGAGGAACUUCCCAGUCUCUCCUUCCUCCUGGCCUCCCAGCACCACCUGCUGCCCUUGGGCUUUGCACGGAGCGAGGCCUCUGCUGAAGACCUGCCCUGCCUUGGAGCUGGGAAUCCUUGCAGAGCACCAAAACCCCUGUCUACCCAUGGAAGGGACCCUAGGGGACCCCUCCCACAUGCUGCAAAGUCCAGGAAGCAAGCUCUGCAGGGAGGCCAGGGCCCUGCAAAAAAGAAGCCCUGCCCAGUGCCUCAGCUCAGGGCUUCGGGAGGGCAGGCCCAGGCUCUGGGCUCUGUGGGAAACUCCCAGACUCAGAAGAGGAAAUGUGACCACUUGGUCACCAGGAGGAGGAAGAAGCACCAUUCAGCCCACUAGGUGGCGCCAGGGCUCUGGGAGCAGCUCCUCCAGGUGCAGCCUGAAGCACAUGGACCCUAACUCUGCCCUGCACCCAAAGUGCUGACCCUGCUGUUCCUCACCACAAGAGGGCGACUCUAGGAGCCCCGGGUGGAGGGACCUGGGGCAAGAGUGUGGAAUCAUCCCUUUGGGACUUUGUUUGUGUAAAUAAAGGAAGUUACAUUGGAAAUCGUCUCUGUUCUGCUGCCCUCUGUCCUGGCGUCAGUGGGGAGAGGACGGUGAGGCAAGACAGACGGGGAUGCCUGCUCAUGGCUGCACAGGGGCCUGACCGAUGUCUCCCGACGGGUUUACACGCUUCCUUCCCUGGCUGCCCGUGCCCCGCACCAUCACCGCCCACACGAGCCCUCAUUUGCUCUGGGUCCUCCGGAGCCCCGCUGUCCUUUGUGUCCUAUAAAUGUCUUCCUGGGAGCUGCUUCUGAGCUGUCAGACGAGGGCCCCAGGAGCAGAGUUCGAGAACUGAGCCUGGAGUGGGCACCCUCCCGAGGGGGCUCCUUUCUGCUCCCCUGAAGUAGGCUCCUGGCAGGCCUGGUCCCUCCUCAUUGUGGGUCUGGGGAAGUGGAAAGUGCUGGCUUUGGGAAAAGAGGCUGCGGCAUCUCGGGAAAUGGAGGCUGACAAACUGAGCAGCACUGAUGGCCGCCAAAGCCAAGGGCUGUGCUUUCUCAUUCACCAGGGGGGACUGCUCACAGGGGGACCUCAGCACUGCAGGAGGUCCUCGACGGCUCUGUGCCCUGGGCAGCACUGGGGGUGGCCCUCACUGGUCCUAACAGGCGGACCCAUGCUGUCCCAGCGGCCUGGAAAAGGGCGGGCCAGCACGAGUCUGCUCAUCAGUCGACCACAGGCACAGGUCUGGCAGACAAGAGAAGGGCUGGCUCCUGGGACACACGGGGGCAGCUGAGGCCCUGGGCAGCCCCUGCAGUUUCUGUGAAGGCAUCCUGGGCUGGGAGGAAAGAACCUGGGCGGCCUCACAGGGGCUCUCAGGACCUGACUCCUACCCUAGACAGGCUCUGCAGUGUCCCCAGACCAGCUCGGCCCUGUGAAGGACCUCAAAAGCCACUAACUAAGCUCUGUUCCCUGACACCAGCACGGGUGCCUUGUGUGCAAGCCUCUCACUAACUUCAGACAAACAUUCAUGACUAAGGCUGCCCUGGGCUGGCUCUCAUUCCCCCCAUCUCAGUCUCCCGAAGGACGA